CGUUCUGCGGCCUCCGGUGUGACGUCACAACGCCCCCACCAUGCCUCCGACCUUGACCCUAGCGCUUCUGUGCGCCCUGGGCGGCCCCGGGGCUUGGUGCUGCCUGCAGUGCGACCAGUCGGUGCUGCGCGCGCUCGGCCAGCUGCGCGAGGCCACGGUCCCCAAGCGCUUCCACGUGGAAGGGCUGCAGGCGCGCGCGCAGGCCCUGCUGCUGGGCAUGGAGGGCCCUUUCUUCCGGGACUACGCCAUGAACGCGUUCGUGGGGAAAGUGGGCAUGGAUCAACUGGAGAACGUGGCGGCCUCCUUCAUGAACCAGACUCGGUACAUACAGGCCAGCUCCCUGACAGAUGGCCCUCUGUUGGAAGAGCUGGUGAGCCUCAGGGAGCGCACCAUCAAGGAACUAAAGAAAGCCUUAAAAGCUUAUGAAGUAAAAGCCUGUGACCACAGAACUUGUCGCUUGCUCAAGGAGGAGGUCCUGGACUGCUUACACUGCAAGAAAAUCAUCCCCAAAUGCAUCCAAGAGAAGUACUGUUACGUGGAUGGGCAGCCCCGCAUGGCUCUCAAGUUCGAUCCUGACAGCAUCCUGAGGAAUAUGGUGUUGGUGGGCGACUUGGUCACCGUGGGACUGGCCGUCCUAGUCGUCUUAGUCAUCCUGAUCGCGGCUUGUACAUACAGACAAAACCGGAAACUCCUGCUGAAGUAGGCUAGUGGCUUUGGUGUUUGCAAAGUGAAAGUAAAUUUAAUAAAAUCAGUGACAAAUUC